AUGGAAACCCCCAACAACAACACAUUCCACUGUGGCUACCGCCUCGCAAUUGAGCACGUCCGCACCUCCAUGCAUCGAGCCCUCGGCCCCUCCAUCACCUUGUACAUGAACGUCGUGCUUGACCACGUUCUUAACGACUUUGAGUACCGGUUGCAUGACAGGCCCGCAGGUGGCGGUGGUGCGCCUGUGGCGGUUGGGGCUUCUCCUGGAGGUGUUGCACAGGCCCUGGUUGGGACCGCUGUGCAGUCCGCUAAUGUUUCCCCCACUAGCAGCGAGCUCGGUGGGAGGGUUGGGUACGAGCCUAGGCGUGUUGAAACCGCCAAACAUGUUGCUCCUGCCAACCCCGUUGCUUCUACCAACGCCGCCUUCAAGGCCGCCCCCGCCAGGCCGCCUACCACUCCUACAAAUCCCACCCCCACCAGAUUCGGCGCCUCCGCAGUAUCCUCCUGCGCCGGUGCCCCAGGCACUAUAACUGUAGCCGCCUCUGAAAUUGGCCCCAUCGUACUAUCCCCCGCCUCCUCACCCCCCGCCCCCUCCCCCGCCCCCGCCUACGCCGACGGCACUGCCACUUUCGUUCCCCUCUCUGCCGCCGAAUACGCCGUGGCAAACAAUCUGAUCGACAAUCGCGCCGGCAAAAUCCUUCUCCCCUGGCCGCGUCUCCGCCCCGUCACCAUGCGGGUUCAAAAAGCAAUCAAUGUCACCCGGCCAGUCAACCUUGAGGCCGUGCUUGCGCAAUCGAGGGGCGUGAGGGCCGAAAGGGAGUGUGGGCCGUGCUCGAGGGGGAACGGGCCCUUUACCGAGUGUGUUGUUGUGCCGGGGAUGCUUCGGGAUAGCUGUAGCAAUUGUCACUAUAACCAUACGAGCCAGAGGUGUACUUUUAGGGCUGCUCCGGCACCGCCUCUUACACCGAGUAUGAAAAGUCCUGCUGAGGCUGCAAAUGCUGGUGCAGGCUCUCCAGCGCAAAAGGUCUUGGAAGAUGACGCCGAGCCUAGCAAGAAGCGGAAGUUUGAUCACGAGCGGUGGGAGUUUAUAGAAAUAAAGGACGACGAAUGA